AGGAACAAUCACAAAGUAGGUGGGAGCUAGCAUGACCAAUAAUAUUAGCCAUAUUGUAUAAUAAUGUUGACAAAUGAAAAUGAAAGCAAAAGAAAAUGAAAUCACAAUGAAAAUUCAAGUGGUAGAAUUUGUUUCCCUAACUUUAAGGGAAACUAACUUCUAAUUUGUACCAUUUCUUGUUGUUGGUGUUAUUUAUAUUUUUUUUGUCAUUUUUAAUGACCCUAUUUUUUUCUUGUCUUCUUGUUUGUUAGAAUGAGACAAUAUAGGCACCGACCUCAUCAAUAUUUUUGGCAUUAGUUUCUUGAAUCAUCUUUUGUUUUCUGUGACAAGAAUCUAAAGGGUUGAUUCUGAGGUUGAAAUAGAAGAUUUUUGUCCUAUUGACUCAUAGGAUUUAAUUAUAUAAAGUCAAGAAAUGGUAAGUUAUGAAAGCAUAUAAUAGCAUCUAACUUGGCAUUUUCAAUACAACCUUUUGAAUUUUCAUGCUAUAAAUGUUUUUGUUUUUUUAGUAUAGUUGCAACUUUGCAAGAUCUUUUUGGUGUUUAUGUAACAAAAAUUGAAGUGUUACUAAAGAAAAGUGUUACUAAAGAAGAGUAUUAAGGAAGGUUAAAAAUUAUAGGAUUUUAGAGGAUAAGGAUAUUUUUAGAAAGAAAAGAAAACUUAUGGAGGAAAUAAGUUCGACGGUUGCAGUGCCAUUUUCAAUUGGGAAUUUAAUACAAAAAGAGUCAACAGUGACAAAUCACAUGGAAAUAACUGGUUUAAAUCUUAUGAUAAAUACAUCAUCAGUUUUAAUAUUAAAUCCUGCUUCAAUUGAGGGUUGUCAGUCUUUUUCUGUUGGAAGUGGUGAAGACGGCGACGCGGAUAUUAGUCCUCAACAUCAACAAAUAUCAGUGUCUCUAGAGGUUAAGGAGGAUCAAGUUGCAGCUGAACCUGUCUCAGAAAUGGUUCUUGAAAGUGACAGUUUUGAAAGAAAUGAUGAGGAGUUCAAGACAGCUAAGGAUUUUCAGUGUAUACAUAAUCCAUCCUCUCAAUCUUCUGUUAGUAGAAAAAGCAGUCCUUUUACGGGGGAGUCUACAAUUUCAAGGACUAAUUUGUCUGAAAUGAACACACCGAAUACUGUCACGGUUGAUGAUAAUAUCGAGGAUGAUAAGUAUGGUUUGAAUGAGCCAGUGACGAACAUGGCUUCUGUUGGUAUGAAACAUGAGAAUGAAGAUAGAAGUAUCUCAGAUGGUCCUGAAUCAAAACCGAUUGCAGCGGUUCAUGAGAUGCCAGAGCAGCAAACAAGCUGUGAUAAUGGUUUGGAAUUGAGUAAUACUCCUCUUUACGGUUUCUCGUCAGUUAUUGGAAGGAGACAAGAAAUGGAAGAUACUAUUGUUAUUAAACCUCAACUUUUUCAAGUACCUUCAAUGAUGCUAAUGGAUGACCAUGUGAAUGAAAACACAAAAGAUUCCCUAGCACACUUUUUUGGUGUCUAUGAUGGACAUGGGGGAAGUCAGGUUGCGAAAUACUGCCAGAAACAUCUUCAUUCAGUUUUGGUUGAGGAGAUAGAAGCUGCAGAAUCAAGUUUAUCCGAAAAUAAGGAAAAAGACAAUUGGCAAGACCAAUGGAAGAAAGUACUCACCAAUUGCUUUCAAAAAGUAGAUGAUGUGAUUGUAGGAGUUCCUGAAGCUAAUGUUGGAAAGAACAGUAAUGACGGAUCUGAGUCAAGUACUGAGGAAACUCUUGCUCCCGAGACUGUUGGAUCCACUGCACUGGUUGCAAUUUUGACUCAAAACCACAUAAUAGUUGCGAAUUGUGGGGAUUCAAGAGCGGUCUUGUGUCGAGGAAAAGAAGCACUGCCAUUGUCGAUUGACCAAAAACCAAAUAGAGAGGAUGAGUGGGAAAGGAUAGAAGCUGCAGGAGGAAAGAUCAUACAAUGGAAUGGAUACCGAGUUCUUGGUGUUUUGGCAGUGUCAAGAUCCAUAGGUGAUAAAUACUUGAAACCAUGGAUAAUUCCAGAUCCAGAAGUCAAGUUUGUCCUUCGAGAGAAAAACGACGAGUGCCUUAUUCUAGCCAGUGAUGGUUUAUGGGAUGUGAUUACAAAUGAAGAAGCGUGUGACUUUGCUCGAAAGCGAAUCCUUAUUUGGCAUAAGAAGAACGGAACCAAUGUAUCAACAGGGAAAGACCAAGGAGUUGAUCCUGCAGCUCAUUAUGCCGCAGAAUGUCUAUCAAAAAUUGCCCAUCAAAGGGGAAGCAAAGAUAAUAUCUCAGUUAUUGUUAUUGACCUGAAGGCUCAGAGACAGUUGAAGAAAAAAACAUAAAAUAGAUACUCAGCAUUUGGAAUAUUUACAGAUAUACUAUUUUUUUUUCAAGUAUUUCUCAGUCACUAGUAUAUUUAUUUAGCCCUGGAUAUUUUUUCAUAAGGGCUAUGUUCUAUAUACUAAAAUUUGCAGUUUACAGGGAUACCUCAGUUUAAGAUGAGGUAUCACCUGAGGAGCUUCCCAAAUCAAAAUUCUACAUUAUUUUUUAGUUAUGUAAAAUUUUCAUGUUAGCUAGACUAUAACAUCAUAAAUGUAUAAAUUCCUGUAACCUUAUUAUUUUUUUUUAAAUUUGUAUAAUUUCUAUC